AUGUCGUUCGACCCCGAGAAACAGAAUGAUAUCAAGGCGGCCACCCAGGACUAUGUCGGCGAUAUCUCGACCACACCCUUGGUCAAUGCCGACAAAUUGGCUCGUCGCCUGUCGGCACGCCAGGUGCAGAUGAUUGCUAUUGGCGGCACCAUCGGUACUGGACUAUUCUUGGGUACCGGCGAGUCCAUCGUCAAGGGUGGACCUGCUUCUACACUAAUUGCGUACGCCAUUUGCGGCGGCAUUGUUUUCGUCACGAUGCUGAGUUUGGGCGAAAUGGCGGCUUUCAUACCCGUUGCUGGGUCUUUCUGUACCUUUGCGGGUCGCUUUGUGGAUGAUGCGCUCGGCUUUGCUUUGACGUGGAACUACUGGUUUAACGACGCCGUUUCAACGGCUUCCGAUAUCAUUGCAUUACAGCUAUUGUUACAAUUUUGGACCGAGAAUUUCCCCGGGUGGGCGAUCAGCUUGAUCUUUUUAAUCGUGGUGAUUGCGCUGAAUCUGCUCUCCGUGCGCGUCUACGGUGAAGUCGAGUACUGGCUCAGUUUAUUGAAAGUGAUCACGAUCAUCAUAUUCAUCAUUCUUGGUAUAGCUGUGAAUUGCGGCGGCAACACCAGUCACGAAUAUAUCGGUGCCAAAAACUGGAACAUCGGGGAUGCACCCUUUGUCGGUGGCAUCGGUGGAUUUGCCUCGGUCUUCGUGACAGCCUCGUUCGCCUACGGUGGCACCGAGUCCAUCGCCAUUACCGCCGGUGAAACCAAGGACCCCGCCAAGAACCUGCCCAAGGUCGUGCGCAACGUCUUCUGGCGCAUCAUUCUAUUCUACUUGGUUUCCAUCAUUAUCGUCGGUUUUAAUGUCCCUUACAACUACCCCAACCUCUCCGAUGGCAACACCCGCACCAGCCCCUUCACCAUCGUCUUCCAACAGGCCGGCAGUGCUGUCGCGGGUAGCUUCAUCAACGCCGUGAUCAUGACCUCGGUCAUCUCCGCUGCCAAUCACGCCCUGUUUGCCGGCUCACGCCUGCUCUACUCCCUUGCCGUGGACGGCUAUGCGCCCCGCUUCUUCGGCCACUUGAACCGGUUCCACGUCCCCUGGGUUGCCGUCUUGUCCACAUCCGUCAUUAGCGGUCUGUGUUUCGGUGCCAGUUACAUUGGAGCCGGUAAACUAUGGUCGUGGCUGCAGAACAUCGUCGGCGUCUCCAACCAGCUGUCCUGGAUCUGCAUCGGCCUCGCAUCCCUGCGAUUCCGCGCUGCCGUCCGCGCCCAGGGUAUCGAGCACCUGCUCCCCUUCAAGAAUUGGACCUAUCCCUACGGCCCCAUCAUCGCCGUGGGUCUGAACACCGUUUUGGUUCUGGUGCAAGGCUGGCAAUGCUUCAGCCCGCAUUUCCAGAGCGUUAAUUUUGUCUCGUACUACAUCGAGAUCCCCAUCAUGAUUGCCAUGUUCCUCGCAUGGAAACUGGUCAAGCGAACCAAGUUCGUCCGCAAGUCUGAGAUGGACCUGCGCACGGAUCGCUAUGAUGGAGGGCAGGAGGAUACGCCCUAUCAUCGUGACCUGGAGCUGGUGCCUGGCCGCAAGGGGUGGCUGGGCAAGUUACAGCGCGCCGGCCAGUGGUUGUUUUUCUAG